AUGGCGACGCCCAAUUCUGUCAAUGAAUCUGUUAUUCAGGUUAUGUCCGACGUUAUUCGGGACCAUCAUUUUGACGUUAUAUGUGUUAUACUCAUCUACCUUCGAAGCAUGAAACGCGGUCGAAGAGGCUUUUCAACUGAUAUUCGGAGGCGCUAUUCAUUUAAUCCCCGGAUUCCACAACAGGUUUGCUACAUUAACCGACUACUUCGUGUGAGUGAUGUGGCUUGUUUGGAAAAUUUGCGGUUGGAUAGAAACGCAUUUGGGAGGCUAUGUAUCAUGCUUCGGCAGACAGGCGAUGUAGUCGACGGUCGGUACGCCUCUGUAGAUGAACAAGUAGCUAUGUUUUUGGGGAUUUUGGCACACCAUAAGAAAGUUCGAGUGGUGAAGUUUGAACAUUGGCAGUCAGGGUAUAUAGUGUCAAAGUAUGUCCAUGCUGUCUUGAAGGCUGUUCUGAAGCUUCACAGAACGUUUUGGGUUGUUCCUGAACCUGUGGCUGACGAUCAUCAGUGGAAAUGGUUCAAGGGUUGUGUAGGAGCACUUGAUGGCACAUACAUAAACGUACAAGUACCGAACGGUGACAAGCCUCGAUAUCGAUCUCGAAAGGGACAGAUUUGCACUAACACCCUUGCUGCUUGUGAUCAUAACAUGAGGUUCGUUUACGUUCUAGCCGGAUGGGAGGGCUCUGCUGGUGAUGCUCGUGUGCUACCUGAUGCCGUUAAUCGGGAGAAUGGUUUCCGAGUACCUAUUGGAAAUUACUAUCUCUGCGAUAAUGGAUAUGCAAACUGCGAAGGGUUCCUAACUCCAUACAAAAGUGUCCGGUAUCAUCUACAAGAAUGGGCCCCAGGCACAGGUACAGGUGCCCCUCAGAAUCCACGCGAAAUUUUCAACAUGCGCCAUACAAGGGCUCGUAAUGUCAUCGAACGUGCAUUUGCCUUUUUGAAAAUGCGAUGGGGGAUUUUGAGGAGUGCUUCCUACUAUCCGAUGACAAUCCAAACUCAACUCAUUUUAGCAUGUUUCUUGCUACAUAACUACUCUAGAUCUGCUAUGCCAAUGGAUCCACUGGAACUUCUUGCGGAUGAAGAAGACGAUGAUAUAGUCACUGAAGUUGAAUCGCAGAAUGUUCAAGGGAACUACAUAGAAUCCGUUGAACCCUCUAAUGCUUGGACACAUAUGCGGGAUAACUUGGCGGGGUCCAUGUGGGAUGAAACCAACGCGAGAAGCUCUGGAGAUGUUGUUCGAGCAUGUAGCGUUGUGGCCUGA